GUCAUUCGGAUCGGUGGCGUUUACGCGCGUGCUCUUACAACAGUUCGUGACAAAUCCGUGAAAAGCGUUGCAGCGCUUGCUGCUGCGACACAUAAACAGGUGUUGUCGGGCGCCGUCUCAGCGUUCGACUCCGAUGAUUUAAGAAGGGUGGCGUGCUCGGAGUUCAAAUUCCCACCGCAAUACAAAAAUAAUCAUCCCAAUAAAUCGUCAUUGUUGCAAUUUCGUGUUUGUGCUCCCAAAAUUAGAUUAGGAGGAACGCCCUCCCCUUUGUUAAAGUGUUGGUGUUUUCAAAAUGAGUGGCGACGAAAUCAAGAAAGAUGCACCGGAACCGGUGGAAAAUGGAAGUGCCACCGCGACGACGGAACCGGAACAGCAACUGAACGGCAAGUUGCACUCCCUGGAGACUGGCACGCCCCCCGGUGACUUCAAGCAACUCAUCCUGGACGGGCUGGAGAAAAAGUCCAACGGAAGUCUGUGGCUUUGGCUCAUGUUCAUCCUCUGCCUGACGCCCAACAUCCUGAACGGCUUCCACGUGUCGUCGUACGUGUUCCUGAGCCAGAUGCCCGCCAACUACUACUGCGUCAUGCCGGACCUGCUGGCGCACGGCUGGACCCACGACGAGAUCCGCAACAUCUCCACGCCGGGUGGCCUCACCCGCAACGGCACGUGCACCGUCCUCGACUGGGACUACGCCCGGUUCGCCAACAUGAACUACGUGGACGCGCUGGCAUGGACGACGGGUGUCGCGUCCCGGCCUGGCGAAAGGACUUGCCUGGGCGUUCCGGACUUCCAGAUGCACUACGAGCAACCGGCCGGGUACUCGAUCGUUCCCGAGUGGGAUCUGAUUUGCGAGCGGACUGCUUACAGGUCGACGGUCCAGGUGGCGCUGUCGAUUGGCAAGUUCUUUGGGGCGUCCACGUUUGGGAUCUUGUCCGAUAAGUACGGGAGGAAGAGCAGCUUCACGAUCGCCGCCAUUUUGUACAUUGUGUCGGGGGUGUUGACCACGUUUUCACCGGUUUAUGCGCUGCUGCUGCUGGGAAGAAUCGGGUUGGGAGCUUCGGCUUCGGGCGUGUUCUAUCCACCAUUUGCGUUACUUACGGAGAACGUCGGCGUGCGGCACCGAUCCUGGAUGAGCAUAGCGUUCAACUUCUCCUAUCCAAUUGGCAUGCUGAUUCUGGCCGCUGCCGCGUACUACAUCAAGCCGUGGCGAGAUCUUUCCCUCGCACUGACCAUCCCAUCCUUCCUGUUGAUCAUACACCUGUACUUCCUGGUGGAAUCUCCCCGCUGGUUGCUGAGCAAAGGUCGCGAGCGACGUGCCUACCGGAUGGUCUUUGGCCGCAAACCUCCAGCGGAACUGUGCGACAGCAGCGACAAGGAGCUGAGUCCAGAGGAGCUUGCGGCAGCCAAGGACGUUCCCGAGCCGAAGGUUCCGUUUUCGGUUCGCGUCAAGCGAUCGUGCAGCGAGUUCACCAAGCUGUACGGAACUCCGGCGCUGUGCCGACGGGCGCUGAUCUGUCACUUUACGUGGUGCGUUACGUCGCUGUGUUACUACGUAACGGCCCUCAACGCGGACAACUUUGCCGCUAAUCGGAACGUGUACGUGGCCACCACCGGAACGGUGGACAUAAUUUCCUACAUUCUCUCAAUGGUGGUGCUGGCCUACUUUGGCCGCAAAAGCACCUCCUUCUGCCUGUUCCUGUACGCCGGAAUCUGCCUGCUGGUGGUGCUGGCCAUUCCCAAGGAGAACACCACCGUGAUCGUAACGCUAGCGAUGCUCGGUCGACUAGGCAUAUCCGCGGUCUACGCAGUGGUGACCCUGCACACGGCCGAAAUGUUCCCCACGGAAAUCCGGAACACGGCGCUCGGGAUCUGCUCGACCAUGGCGCACGUCGGCUCGAUGGCCGCGCCGUACAUUGUGGAUCUGCUCGGCCAGCUGGCGUGGUGGAUUCCGUCGACGAUUUGCGGCACGGCGGUGCUGCUGGCCGCACUGUUUACGCUGAUGCACCCGGAAACAAAGUCCGUGGCGCUGAAAGAUCACGCCAAGCAGGAGGUGGAACCGACGACGCCCGAUCGGGAACCGAUGAAACAGUAGGGUAGGGCUGGCUUAGGUAGGUUAGGAUAAGGACAAAGAGAAAUGCAAGUUUAAGGCGGAGGCGGAUGCUCCGGAUGAGUUGUUGUUGAUUGGGGUCAGAGAAAGGACCGUUAGUGGGACGGGUGCAUGUGCCAUUACCGUGAACUAUUCUAGACCACAUCUUUCACGUAGAAAUAAUUUAUAUUGUUGAUCAAGUGUGUGGAUCUGUCCUUUUGCUGAGAAAACAGAAAUCAAACAAAGUUUAAGUUAUUCAUGUUGACAGAUUUUGACGAACUUUAUUUUUUUUUAGCAGAACAUAACCAAACUUUUCGGCACCCUCAGCAAACAUCAAAUCAAUACAAAUUGCUUCCGGAUCUUUUCCGAAUCUCUUCCGGAAAUGAUCUUGCAAAAAUGUGACGUUUGCGAAGGGUGCCGAAAAAAAGUAAGCAAAUCACUUCGUGCAUCAGCCAAUGAACCCAACUGUCAAAAUUGUGCACGCGUAAUUUAGAAUACACAAUUCUUUAAAUUUUAUUACCCAGAAAAUUAUGUUGAAAAAGGCACAAGAUUUAAAAAAUGGCGAAAAAAAUAAUUAAUUAUAAAACAAUAACGUAAAUUUAAACCUUUUUUUCUUAUUUUGGAUUUCAAAAAAAAACCGAAUUGCUUACAUAGAAAAGGUUGUUUAACCUAAAAUUCCAAAACUCACCUCCAACAUACUGAUCAAUCCACCGCCGGAAGAACCCCACGUCGGUGUAAACUCCCGGCGACGCCGGAGCACCACAACCGGCCCCGUACGAAAUGAUCCCACGCAGCGUGUACGGCGACCGCACUUGAUCCUCGCUCUCUCCGUUAAGCACCUGUUCCAGGGUCAACCUCCGACGACACACCAAUCCGCCACCGGAAUCUCCCUGCAAAACCCCCGCCACGCCAGAAAAAAAAAGUUAGGUUAGGUUAGGAACCACAUCAAAGCUCAAAUACCCAUACCCUGCACGCAUCGGCGAACCCAAUCGCGCAAAACAUUCCACAGUUGGGAGUGGCCGGGGCCACCACCGGUCCCAGCCGUUCGACGCACUGCUCGUACCCGAGCGGCUGGAGCGGCCCGUAACGCAGCGUAUCGCUGCCGGGACCGUAAAAGCUGGCCGAUCCGUACCCGAAAAUGUGACACUCUUCUUGGUCUUCGUCGCCGCCAUUUUGACUUUCUAGGUUAAGUAGGUUAAGAUUGGACUGCGCCGGCCGGUUGACCGGCCUGGACGGUAAUAAAAGUGUAACGUGAA